UGUUAUUUACUUGUUGGUGGCAGGGAGCGGCGCACGGGCUGUUUGCAGGGCCCCCGUCCCCGCAGCCCAGCCGGGCUUUGCCCCAGCCCCGCUCCCCGGGCUCCGUGUCCUUGCGGCGCUGCCCGAGGUCAGCGUGGGAGCCCGGGGCGCCCGGGCAGGCACAGCCUGCGGCGGGCCGGGGGUCUGGGGCCGGGGAAGGGCUCGGAGCGGUGUUUGCAGGCUGCGGUUGGCUGGAAGGCGGCCGGGCAGGGCCGGGGGGAGCGGGGCACGGAGCCGGCCCCGGAGCUGCGGGACCGGCGGAGCCGCGGCACCUCGGGCCGGGAGCUCGGGGCCCGUCCCGGCCGGGGAUGGGCUCUGUCACCCGCUGAAUGCCGGACCGGCGCUGCUCAUCCCGCGCUCCCGGAGCCCCGGGCCCGUUCGCAUCCAGUCUGCUCUCCGCUAAGGAAACUGGAUCUCCGCAGUCCUCCCGAAGCGAGGUUUGUGCCUCCAAGGAAUUUCCAGCGCGGUUAUUUUUGGAGGCCCUGCAGAAGUGUGGCAGCCUGGGUGAUUCAGCUGCUGGCUGCGCUCUUGGCGAGCGGAGGCAGCCCCGGCACGGCACAGCACGGCACGGCACGGGCGGGAGCAGCCCCGGCGCUGGGCUCCAAACCCGCCCGGAGCGGCUGCUCGUGCCGGGCCGGCGCUUCGGGGCACCCCGGGCCGUGCUGGGGCUCCCAGGGCUGCGGGAGGGUGGCCGGGGACGGUCGGUGUCCCUGCUCCGUGUCUGUCCCGGGAGGCUCCGUGCCCGCUGUGCCGCAGCCCCGCGGGUCCCCCGAGCUCUCCCGACCCUUUGGGUGGGAGCUGUCGCUCCCAGCUCCCGGCAGGGCAUGUCCUCAGCCCGCACAGGACACGCUUUUCCCCGUGCUUUCCCUGGAAGCAGAAGGUGGGAGGCAGAGGACGGCAGGAUUUUAAUAAGAAAAUGCCAGCGCCGGGGAAGUUUCUCAGGGAAGUGUUUGCAGAGAGCAGCAGCCGGAGCUGCAGCACCUCUUGGGCUGCUGAGGUUCCUCUGCUCGCUCAGGGGAUGCAUCAGCAGGAAAAUCACAGCAGGUGACCGAACCCCGGGGAAAACCAGAAUUUCUCCUGGCUUUGACUCCCUCAGAGGCGAAUGGAGGCCUUAAUCUUGGAGCUGCAAUCUUUUCCUGCCGGGAUCGCUCUGGAGUUUGGUUCCAGUCGGCAGCACGGGAGCCACGGGAGGAGGAGCGGGGCUUUGGAGGCCAGGCCGGGCAGAAGGAGCCCCUGGCAGCCCCUGGGCCUGGCCCGGGCCAGGUUCGGCUCCUGCCGCUGUCACAGGAUGUGUGACGGCCCCACGGCAUUGUUUGCACCCGCCCUGGUUAUUUUUAGCCCGAAUUUGUCAGGCUGCAGCCCGGCCUGGGACCUUUUCACACCCCCUAAAAGGGGGCAAACGAGGCUCCUCAGGGACAAACUGGACUUCCAGGAAUUUUUCCCCCCUUUCUGCUCAUUUGCUGUACUCUGGAUGUUGCCCAGAUCAGCCAGGUUUGAGUGCUUUUUCUGGUCCUUAUCAGAACAUCCUCCGGGGCUGUGGCCCGAGUUUUACAUGAGUUUUAUGUGGGCCAUCAAAAGUGUAACCCAUUGUUUGGGUCAAAUGUCGUAAAUUUCAUCUCAUUUAAAAUACAAACCUUGCUCUGCUGGCCCUUCCUCCUCAAACCACAUCACCUGCAGCCAGUGUGUGGGAUUUAGGGCUGUUUUUAUUUUAAUUGCUUGCCCUCUGUGUAGCCCAGCCCAGGUGGGCACUUCCAGGUGUGUUUGUAGGAGAUCCAGGGGAAGCUGACUGUGGAGAGCUGGGGUUUGGAUGGCUGGGGCUCAUCCCUGGUUCCCUGCAUGGUGACAGCUUCCCCCUGCAGAUCCAGGGGCAUCCAGAUCCCCCUGCAAUUACAUGGGAGUGGUGCAAGUCUGCAUUGCCCCGAGCCUUAUUCCAUUGUGCAGGGAAUUCUUCCUGAGUCUGGCAUCCACAGGGAUCUGGGCUCCUGUGGGUGCCUGUUCUGGCAUCCUCGAGGCAGGGCAGGGAUUGUGGGGUGGAUUUUCCCUCUUUCCUGCAGCAGCUCGGAGGUGGGCUCUGAAUUCUGUGUCGAGUGGAGGUGUUUUUGGGUGAUGCCUCAGGGCGGCGAGGCACAGGUUUGGUGGCUUUUCCCCUUUCACAGCAGCUCCUCUUUCUCUUCCUUUCUCCUGCCCUGUGGUUCCUGCUUCCCUGUCCUGAUUCCUUCAUCACAACCCCUCUUGAGUCAUUGCUUUUAUCUCGGUGGUUUAAAAAACAAGUUAAAACCACAUCCUGGUAGUGCUGGUGCCCAAAUCUGGAGGGCUGUGCCCAGGGCUGUUCCUGUGUGUGUCUGGAACACCUGGAGCUGCCCUCAAACCCAGGGAGCAUCCUGUGGGACAAAGCAGGGUGAGGAAGGGGGCUGCAGCCACAGCCUGGUGACUGUCAUUGAUCCCAGAGGGGGAGAAGGUGAAUUUCUGUGUGCCCAAGCCCUGUCUGUCCUUGCCAUCCCAUGGCCCAGGGGUUCAUUGGAAGUGAAUCCUUUGUGCAAAACCUCUGCCUUGGGAAGUGCUGGGUUUGGGCUUGAAACCAGCAGUGAGGGAUUUUGUCCUGUGAGCAGGACGUGGCCUCAGUGGAGCCAUGGGGAGCUCAGUGAUGCCUCAUCCUGGCUCUCUGUCCUUCCACAGACUUGGGGCAGUUCAAGGGACACAGUGACCCGCUGUGCCCUCCUUGCUUUGAUAAAAUGCCUUGCAGAGGAGACUUUGCUGAUAAAUCAAUUCCUUGGAGGGGUUCACUGGGUGGAAGUUGCACCUGUGAGCAGCAGCUUUGGGUUGGGUGAGGGAGACAAAGCAGUUGUGGGAAUACUUGGAGA